CCACUUCUCCCUCCUUGUUACACCUCUCUCUCCCCCUGAUCCCCCUGAAAUGUAGAACAAGAACGCGUGGUGAGGCGACCCGGUAUCAGUUAUAUCAAGGAACUCGGUACUAACGGAGGCUCUUUUCAAGGCUUCGGGUCUCGCAGCAUUAUUUUGCGAUCACGAAAGAAUCGUAGAAAUAGAGGAGAAGAGACCAAGUGUCGCUUCUCGCCAGUAAUAAAGUCACUUUUCGAGACCGUCGAGGCCGAAGGAAGUUUUUUUCCUGCAGUCGCGACCGUCGUAGCCGGCAAAAUCCGAACAAGCUUAUAUAAAACUAUAAUUAAAUAAACGACAAUCCGGUCGGCGAAUGCGAAUGCGGAAGAUUUGUUCUUGCGGUAUCAAGAGGUGCCGGAGAGAUAUCAUUGUGGUAUCGAGUCUCCCGGGAGCGUCCGCCGCUUCUUUCACGAUUUUCAUUGACGAUCGUCAUCUAUCGCGGGAAGAAGAAUAUUAAGAAGAUGAUGAUGAUACGAGGUCGCCGUACGAUGACCGGGACGGCGCUUCUGAUCGCGCUGAUCUCCCUGUCCGCGCUCCACGCUGCCGACGCUCAAGACACCUACAGGAAGUCGCAUAUUAAGAUGCAAAAACUGUGCUCCAGGAAACUGAGCGACGCCCUGUACCUCGUGUGCCGGGAACGCGGCUACAACGAACCGUUCUCGUAUAGUAACGAGGAUGAGCCGAGAGGAGAUCCCGGCCCGGGACUCGUCGACGAGUGCUGUUAUCAUCAGUGUACCCUCGGAAUGCUCGAGGCAUACUGCAAGCCCCUACCCGAGGAGAAGCGGGUCGGCUCGAGGGACGACGUCAUAGACCAGUCGUAUCUAGCGAAUCUACCUCAUUCCACGACAAAAGAUCUGCUGGAGCAGCAUCCGCAGGCGGGGAUGGACUACGCCGGUGAUGCGAUAAAACGUAAGGUCGAUGAUUUGAAAAGGGGACGGCAGAGGGGGAAAAGUGAUCGCAAUGUUGAUGGUGAAUGCAAGGGGAAGGCUGAUGCAAAAAAGCGACACCGCGGCAGGCAUUGCAGAUGCCGGCGUCGGCGUCCGGAGUGUCGCCGAGCUGGCAAGGUUUCGCGCAACAACGUUAAACCUCUAGACAACAAAUUUGUAACGUCGUCGACGACUGACGAACCUACAUCGUUUCCCUCCGUAUCGUAAUGCAAGGCUGCUAAAAACCGAUGCAACUGAUUGUCGAUUGUCGGUAUCAGUAAUCGGAAUUAAAGAAACCUUUUGAGAAGUGGUAUUCUUACGGUGAAGUUAUUCGUUUGUUCAACGCCGAUCUUCUAUCCAUCACUCUCCAUUGACCGUAUCAUUAAUAAUAAAUAAUCGAUAAAGUCUGCACACGAAUGAUCUCUCGUAGAGAAGAAACCAGGAGAGUUCAGAGCAGAUAAAUCGAUUCGCGAAAAGGAAUAAAUUACGUGGAAGAGAUGUUAUUUAUAAGAAAUUCAGCUUCAUCACGCACAUUAGUGUUAAUAAAUGAUAUUGAAGCGACAACGAUACAGUAAUGAACUGUGUCAUCCAUUUUACUUAUCGUCCAUCAAUCUUGGACAUAGAAGAAUUCGCGAUCGACGAAGGAUGGAGGAUUAAUCGCUUGGCGGCAAUAUUGAGGCGAGAACAAAUGCUGCUGUUCCAUCAUCGUUCCAAUUUUCCUUCAAUAUCAAGAAUUAUGUUAUUAAAGUAGUGAAUUUUGACAAGAACCACAUGAAGGACCGCGGAGUUAAACAUUGAAUGCAAUUGUGAUAAAUUUGAACGAUCGAAUCGCGUGAUCUCGUAAAAAAAGAAGAAAACUAAAAAGCGAAAGACUCAUGUGAUUCAAUGUAAACGUUUUCAGACGUAGAAAGCAGCUCGAUGCGGAUAAUUGUCGGUGAUCUUAGUUCUUAUUAACAAAAUGAUCUCAUUAGUAUUAGAAAUUCUGUUGUAAAUUUAUGGUUUAAACUUAGGGUUAUCUUUGCACCACACAUCGACGAACGCGUACUUUACUAGUCCGCUGAACGGACGAGAUUUAAAUGCGGAAUUGUAGUUUUAAUUAAUGGAUGUAGAUUUGGAGGAUUUAGAGAUGGUAGGUAAACACAUACAUACACACACACACAAAAGUUUUAUCACACAAUACAUAAUAGAUGACAUACACUCUUUUUACCGCCAACUAAAAUUUUCAGUUGACAUUUGCAUUGAUGACAGCGACUAAUAAACAUUUAUACGUACU